UUCAUCAUUCUAGCGCUGUCACUGUCUGUCUGUUGGUGGUCACCUUUGCACUUAUGUACGCCUGGUUCUUCAUUAAUGAGAAACAUCUUAUAGACCUGGGAAAGGUACAGACCGUGUUGGAGUCCUCUAUUGGCCAUGCUGUCACUGCCUUGCAGUUUCUGACGGCAUUUUGGUUUUCACAGUCUACAUAUAACAUCUUGCAACACCACCCUGAGAAACGACCAUUUUACCUUCUCUUCUUUCCUGCGUUCACCUUGUGGUUUUUAGCAGUACCCAUCAGCAGCCUUUUUGGACAAUUUAUUAUCGUAAGCUGGAAACGUGAACGUAUCAUGAACACGAUUGUGCUUUUUUUGAAGUUCUAUGUCUAUGCUGUUAUGCUGUUUCUAACCAGGCCAUUCCAAACAAACAUAAGAUUUCCCUAUCACAUUGACACCUCACGGAUUGCACUUAUGAGAUACGCAUCAGAAUCGCAGGAAAAUUUUGAGAAAUUAGGACACCAUAUAUACAGAAACAUCAGUGUCACUAAUUUCAUUAAUGACAAUUCCCCAGCUCUCAAUGGUAAUGGAUCCAACAGAAUGGGACUGCAAGAGAGCUUUCAGUACAGCAGUUAG